CGGGCCUGUCAAGAAAGGCGGUUUUUACCUUCCAAGCCCAAGGGGUAGUUAUUCCUCUUUCUAUAUAUAUUAUACACACGCGAAAGUAGUUAAUUUCUCUAUAAAUGGAAAACAGCUGUCAGGACAAAGACAAAGGCAUUACUAUGGCAAUAACUGAAAACCCCGCCACUUUAUCCUUCAGCACAAACCUCUCCCUCAUUAUCCAAAACAGCUUCAGCACAAGACAGUAGCAGAGAGAGCUAAAGGAAGAAAAUGUCUACUCUCUUCUCCUUCUCACCACGUUCCCCACACAACGCAUUCUUGCCGCUGACAAGGCAACGACUACGCCAGCGCAGGGGAGGCCUAUUGGUUCGAUUCUCAUUAGCGUCUUUGGACUUCCUCGACUCCGAUCCCCCGCUCCCGCCGGCUGUACAGACCUUCUGGAAAUGGAUGACUGAGGAGGGGGUGAUCUCCUCUUCCACCUGCCCGCUCAAGCCCGCCUACGUGCCGGAAGGCCUUGGCCUCAUUGCCAGGAGAGACAUAGCUGAGGACGAGAUCAUCCUGCGGGUCCCGCGACGGCUCUGGGUCAACCCGGACACUGUGGCUGCUUCUGAGAUCGGGUACCUGUGCACGGAUCUAAAGCCCUGGGCCCAGGUCUCCUUGUUCUUGACCCGGGAGAGGUUGAGGCCCAACUCAUCCUGGCGGUUUUACAUUGAUAUACUGCCUGAGAAGACGAAUUCGACCAUUUACUGGUCAGAAGAGGAGCUUGCUGAGCUUAAAGGGACACUUCUGUUGAGAAUGACAAAGGAAAUGAAGGAGUACGUGAAGAGCGAGUUCCUGAAAAUCGAGCAAGAAAUCAUACGUCCCAACAAGGAGCUUUUCCCGUCUUCCAUAACACUGGACGACUUCUACUGGGCAUUCGGGAUGAUUAGGUCGAGAGCAUUCUCCCGCCUCACUGGUCAGCUAGCUAUGCUCCCGCUCGUGGAUUUCAUAAAUCACAGCUCUAAAAUAACGCGAGAAGAUAAUGCAGAGGAGAUGAAUGGACCUGCAGGUCUCUUCUCUUGGGACCUGCUCUUCUGUCUGAAGUCGACGAUUCCAGUCAAGGAGGGCGAGCAGGUUUUCAUACAGUAUGGGUUGAAAAAGAACAAUGCAGAUCUAGCUCUCUACUAUGGGUUCGUGGAGCGAAAUUCUGCUCGGGACGCUUACACCUUUACAUUCAGUAUUCCUGAAUCCGACCCUUACUAUGGGGACAAGGUGGAGAUUGCCAAGGAAAACGAUCUCGAUGAGACUGCUUACUUUGACGUGUUUAUGGACCGCCCAAUAACACAGGCAAUGCUUCAGUAUCUCCGUGUGGCAGCAAUUCAGCAAACAGAUGCUUUUCUCCUGGAACCGGUCUUCAAAAGCUCUAUCUGGGCCACAGUCGAACUCCCGGUAAGUCGUCCGAAUGAGGAGAUUGUAUGUAGAAUGGUCUUGGAUGCUUGUGAAUCUGCUCUUUCGGGUUACCACACCACUGUCGAAGAGGAUCAGAAGUUGCUGGAGGUAGGGAAUCUCGGAGAGAGGCUCGACAUCGCAGUCAGGGUCAGACUCGGGGGAAAGCUGGUAUUGCAGCAAAUACAGUUAGAGUUCAAGGAGAGGCAACUUAAAUUGGACGCCUUCGAGUACUACCAGGAAAGGAGGUUCAAGGAGCUCGGCCUGGUUGGGGAUAUAGGCGAAAUCUACUGUCAGCCUAAGGACUCGGUUCCUUCAGUGUAAAAGAAAUCCGAUUUUGCUUCUCAUCUUGGUCAGGAGAAGCAGCUUCCCACUGUUGCUGCACAAAGCAGAACCACUAAAAGCAAGGAGAAACAAAACGGAUAAAUCUGUUGGGCAGCACUUGAAAAAUUGCAAGAUCUAUAUGAUUGAUUUUGGAAUUCCGUUAACGUCAAUCUCAGGACCAAACAAGAGAAGAAUAAGAAAUUUCCCUUUUAUAACUUAUGAACAAGAAAAAAUUUGAAGAUAUUCAUCUU